AUGAUUGGCUCUUUUGCUACAUCUGGUGAGAAAGGUCGGUUAGGUAGCCAAGCUUGGACUACCGCUGGCUGGCUUCGAUUUUCAACAACACAAAAUGUGAAGCCCGUUGGUGUUGUGCUGCAUACUACUGUGCCAGACGACCCGGUCACACAUUGCGAGGGCAUGGUGGUUAUACGCGAAUUGGGCGGGAGCCACCGAGAAGAUGUAGCGUUUCCGGCCAAGACAGUCCAAGUCUCAUGGUGGUUGGAAUGGAGCAAAGCCUCUCAAGUCACCGGGUCUGGUCCUAUGAGUCUACAAUGA